AUGUCGUGGCGGCGCUUCGACCUCAACGUGAAGGCCGUCGAGGGCAUUCAGGAGCGCACGAUCGGCGGCGGCAUCGUGACGCUCCUGAGCUGCGUGGCGGCCGCUUUCCUCCUGCUCUCGGAGCUCUCUGUGUGGUGGACAGUGAGCGUCACGCACCGCAUGCACGUGGACACGGACCCACAAGAUUAUCCCAUCAACGUGGAAGUGGAUAUUUCGUUCCUCCACGAGGCGUGUCAAGAGGUGGCAUUGGACGUGAGUGACGCCAAGGGCAAUAAGGACAUUCUGCUGAAUCAGGACAUCAAAGAAGAACCGUUCGGAGUUGACGGAUGUCGACUCUACGGCACAGUGCAAGUGCAGAAAGUGGCGGGCGACCUGUCCUUUGCGCACGAAGGCUCACUCACGAUCUUUUCGAUCCUCGAGUUCCUCAACUUCAACUCGUCGCACGUGGUCAAUCACCUGCGCUUUGGUCCGCAGAUUCCCGACAUGGAGACGCCACUCAUUGACGUCAGCAAAGUUUUGACGACGAACUUGGCAACGUACAAGUACUUUGUGAGCGUUGUGCCCACUCGCUACACGUAUCUGAACGGCAGAUCCGUGACGACGUUCCAGUAUUCCGUGACGGAACACGAGAUGAACUCACGGAGUCCGAACGGUCAGAUGUCGUUCCCCGGGGUAAUAUUCUCGUACGACUUCUCGCCCAUCGCUGUGCAGUACGUCGAGUCCAAGCCGUCCGUGCUGCACUUCCUCACCAGCACAAGUGCCAUUGUCGGCGGCGUCUUUGCUGUCGCGCGCAUGAUUGAUGGUGCCAUCUACAGCGUUUCCAAGAAAGUUGACUAG